AACGCAGACGCGGAAGUUACCGUUGGAGAGCAAACUGCUGAUUUAAACAGUGUGAGAAACGUGAAGCUGAAACGUCACUGGACUCGAUGAGUACUGCAGAGAUACAACUGACUGCAGCGGGGAAGACACAUCGCUCUCAGCUCUUUCCUCAGCAUCCCUGUGAUACUACUGAGUUUGUAUUCAGCACACACAGCAAGCUCAUUUAGAAAAAAAUGGAGUACCAGUACAGAAAGCAUAUUUGGUCUGCCUUUUAAGAGGUCCAUUCAAUGAUAGCCAAGGCGUUUGCGGCCCGACUGUGAUAACUUCCAUCUCCCGCCAUUUCAGUUCCACCAUGGAUGACACAGACCCCCAGGACCACCUUUCCCUUAUGAAGGGGGCUAAAGAUAUGGUGAGGGAGGCCAAACGGCAAGCCGCCAAGAAGGUCAACACGGUGGUUGACCGAGCAUCAGAGGAGUACUCAAACAGCCGUGCCUAUCACCGCUUCCAGGACGAAAAUGACGGUGAAUACUAUGACCCGCCUCAGGGCAACUACACAGGUGAUCAAACCAAUGAUGAAGAAGGUUCCAGUGAUGCCACCGAAGGUCAUGAUGAAGAGGAUGAGAUAUAUGAGGGUGAAUACCAAGGAAUUCCCUCUGAAUCUGGGCACAGGGAUGGACAUGUGGCUUUGGGGCAGACUAUAGCAGAUGGCCUUAAAGACCGUAGAGAGCUUGAAAGUGAGAGGCAAGCAGAUGAGGAGGAGCUGGCACAGCAGUAUGAGCUGAUCAUCCAGGAGUGCGGCCACGGCAGGUUCCAGUGGCAGCUGUACUUCACACUUGGGUUAGCGCUCAUGUCUGAUGGUGUGGAGGUUUUCAUAGUUGGCUUUGUGCUGCCCAGUGCUGAAACAUAUAUGUGCACGCCUGAUUCAAGCGCUGGAUGGCUAGGUAGCAUUAUAUACGUGGGGAUGAUGGUGGGGGCUUUCUUCUGGGGUGGCAUGGCUGAUAAAGUGGGCCGGCGGCAGUGUCUGCUUAUCUGCAUGUCCAUGAACGGUUUCUUUGCCUUCCUGUCUUCCUUCGUACAAGGCUAUGGCCUCUUCCUACUCUGUCGUAUGAUAGCAGGAUUUGGGAUUGGUGGGACGGUACCUAUUGUGUUUUCUUACUAUGCCGAAGUCUUAGCAAGGGAGAAACGUGGUGAGCAUCUGAGCUGGCUCUGCAUGUUUUGGAUGAUUGGGGAAAUCUACGCUUCUGCCAUGGCCUGGGCUAUCAUACCUCAUUAUGGAUGGAGCUUCAGCAUGGGUUCGGCAUAUCAGUUCCACAGCUGGAGGGUAUUUGUAGUGGUGUGUGCUCUGCCAUGUGUCUGUUCUGUGGUGGCUCUCACCUUCAUGCCAGAAAGUCCAAGAUUCUAUCUAGAGGUGGGGAAGCACGAUGAGGCCUGGAUGAUCCUCAAGCAGAUCCACGACACCAACAUGAGAGCACGCGGACAACCGGAAAAAGUCUUCACUGUAAAUAGAAUUAAAAUCCCAAAACAGAUUGACGAGUUUGUGGAAAUGCACCCAGAGACCAGUAACUUUGUGUCCAAAGUUAUUUUCCGAGUGAAGACAGAACUUUAUGGGAUUUGGUUAAACUUCAUGAAGUGUUUCAAUUAUCCAGUGAGAGAUAAUUCUAUAAAGCUGGCCAUUGUGUGGUUUACACUGUCAUUCGGAUACUAUGGCUUGUCUGUGUGGUUCCCUGAUGUGAUCAAGCACCUUCAGGCAGAUGAAUAUGCUUCUAAAGUGCAGUGGCAUACUAAUGAGCAAACUGAGGACUUCACAUUCAACUUCACAUUAGAGAACCAGGUACACACCAAUGGUGUGUUCAUCAAGGACAGUUUCAUAAGUAUGAAGUUCAAGUCAGUGACUUUCAUCAACACCACGUUUCAAAGCUGUCUCUUUGAAGAUGUGACGUCUGUGGGAUCGUUCUUCCGAAACUGCACUAUUACGGACAGUUAUUUCUAUAAUACAGAUAUUGAUGAUUCCAAACUCAUAAACACAAAAGUCACAAACAGCACAUUUCUUCACAACAAAACCGGUUGUCAGAUGACGUUUGAUCAUGACUACAGCGCCUACUGGGUCUACUUUGUCAACUUUCUGGGGACGCUGGCUGUGCUACCAGGAAACAUUGUGUCUGCACUGCUCAUGGAUAAAACAGGACGCUUAUCCAUGCUGGGAUUCUCCAUGAUCCUUUCUGGGAUUAGCUGCUUCUUUCUGUGGUUUGGCACCAGUGAGGCCAUGAUGAUUGGAAUGCUGUGUCUUUACAAUGGCCUCAGUAUCUCUGCCUGGAACUCACUGGACGUGGUCACAGUAGAGCUAUUUCCUACUGACAGGAGAGGGACUGGCUUCGGCUUCUGUAACGCCUUGUGUAAGCUGGCAGCAGUGCUGGGGAACCUGAUCUUUGGCUCUCUGGUCAGUAUUACUAAAGCCAUCCCAAUCCUGCUGGCAUCCUCCGUGCUGGUGUGUGGUGGUCUGGUGGGACUGCGGCUCCCGGACACAAGGUCCAACGUCCUGAUGUAGGAAGUCAACAGCUUCACUCAGCCCACGUGUCUCCUAUCCAUUGUUUACAUAGUUUGAAGAAUCCCUUUUCCAUUUUGAAAAGAUAAAUCAUGAACUAGAAGAAAAGAGUGAGAAAUAUGUAAAUUAAGUAAAUGCUGAAGCUUAAGCAGAAUUGAGUGAUAAUGUGAGUCUUAUUAUGUUUGAGGCCAUCGCAGAUAUGAUGCAGAGCAUUCUCAUGAGGUAACAAGGCAGAAAUCUAAAACCACAAGAUUAUAAUAAGUAAUGCACUUAAAUCUAAACAUACAGUUAAAGAUCAAAAGCCCAGGAGGGUUGUGAAUCAAUUUCGUAACACUACUAUUACAUUACAUGAGUAAUGUCUUACAGAUUGCUUUAUUGUCUCUGUAUUUUUUAACAGGCUGCAAGUCUCAUACAUUAUGCUGAUGGUAUGAAGCUGAAAGCUGGUACUGAUAGAGGUGUAAACAUGAAUGAACCUCUUAUGAAGAUGCUCAAAAACGCUUAAUGAACAUCCUUAAGGAGCCCUUAAGUGAACAGGACGAUCAGAAAGUCUGAGAGAGCUGCACAGCUGUAUCAUAGGAGCUAAAAGAAAAAUAUGGUCAGAGUCAGCAGUUAUUUUGUUUGUUAGGAUUCACUCUAGUUGUACAAUUCAUUAUUUAUUAAAUCAGCUUAUUGGCCAUAAAGUGCCCUAAUGCUUUUAUGUAUACAGUAGUAAGCAUAACUACUAAUUAAAUAAAAUAGAUUCUCCACAGCUUAACAAGAUACACAAAUAUUUACAUUAAUUCACCUCAAAAGUGUUUCAUACUAGUGCCAAAAUGAGUGUAGUACUAAUGCACAUACAAAUCAAAUGCAGUAAUUGAAACUAUUUAAAUAAUUUACUUGUAGCUAAAUAUAAAUAAAUAAUAAUAAUAAAAAAAACAUUCCUGCUCUUUUACACAUUUUGUGGAGGACUUUUAACAUUGCUUUAUUAAAAUAAUUGUGGCAAACGUGUGUGUGUGUGUGUGUGUGUGUGUGUGUGUGUGUGUGUGUGUGUGUGUGUGUGUGUGUGUGUGUGUGUGUUUGUAAGAUCAAAUGGUAAAGCUUUUCACCGCAUCCUGUACAGAUGAACCCAUAUCUAUAAAUACUAUUGGCCUUUUGAAACUGUGCCUCUCUUUGUUUAACUGUCACUUACUCUCAGACAAAUAAUCUUAACAAAUAAUCCAUCAAUAUCCACAAUAAACCCUUUAAUGACACAACACUGUGCUUCAGUAAGAUUUGAUUUUCAUUUUAUAACACCUAGGUGUCAUUGACAGCGCAGGUUUUGGUGACCCUGAGCUUUAGAAAGUCUUUCUUUAACAGAUAAAGAGUCUGGUGAGUCUAAACCAACAUGAGUUCAUGAUGUUUAUUAUUAGUUUGUUAAAGGUGUUUUUACUGUACACUCAUGCACGAUUAUACAAAUACCACUUACCUUAAUAAAAUAAAAGGAUCCGAGGAUAUUAUUGUAACUAUAACCAUGGACUAUAGAUUGGAAGUCAUUAUCAAGUCAAUUUCAAAAUAUACCAGAUUGGAAGUAAUUAUUGUUGCUCUAAUUCGAUAAUUAAUUUCACUUGUGGUAAAAAGAGUCAAACUACCUACAGCCUAUUUUUUUUUUUUUAAUAUUGAAUCAUCAUUAUGUAAUAUGGCCUCCACAGGCCAUUAUUUUCCUCACAAGGAUACUGUGUGUUGCUAUAUAUGAUUGGUGUCAACUACAUUGUAAUUGUUGACACUACUGUUUUAAAAUUUGAUAGACAUUCGUCUAUUUUUUUAAUUUAUAGUUUGCAAUGAUUCUAAGCCAUUCUCUUGUCAAAUAAUAAUAAUAAUGAUAAUAAUAAUAAUAAUACAAAGUGUCCUAUACUAUUUUUGAUUAGGCCUCUGGCAAACCAAAGUGACUUACUGUUGCUUCACUCUCAGCAGAGCUAUGCAGUCUCUGAAGCAGAGGUUUCUAAUACAAAAAAACCAAAAGAACUGUAGCUAACUAAUUAAUUUAGACCAAUUUUAAUGAAGCAGUGUUUAUCAUUAUGCAUAAUAAUGUUAUAGAAGAUUGUUGUGUGUGUCAGGUCAUGUUUGUCUACACUGCUUAUGAAUGUGUUUGUAUUUGUCUGUAAAACAAAGUUGUAUACUGUAUGAUGCAGUGAGCGUGUGUAUACAGUAAGUAGCCUAUUCGUGGACACAGAUGGAGGAAGAUGCAACAUUUUCAUCUUAAAUCAAACUACAGCAAAAAUAAAAAAUCCUCUCAACCAUCUGACAUCGCAGACAACCUUGCAUGUGCGUAUGAAAUAGUCUGUCUUUGUGCUCAGUUUUGAGUUCUUAUGUCCCCUUGCUGAGGGACAAUCAGAAAAUUAUUUUUUGGAGUAAACAAAAGAAUGUUACACUGCUCUGUGUUUCAUGAAAGUUGUGAUGUAUAAUUUGUGAACUUGAAAAUACUGAAAAUACUUUUGUGGAGGUAAUAAAGAUAU